AUGGCACCGUCAAUAUACGCGUGCGACUCUUGCUAUGGCCCCUCAGACUACACGAGCCACAAGAGAUUGGUGCGUCGCAUGCAGCCAGAAGCACCGAACGCAACGACGAAGCCUAAGGGUCCACUUGAAUGGGGACAGAUCAAUUUCCUCCACACGACCGACACGCACGGCUGGCUAGCAGGCCAUAUUAAGGAAGAGAACUAUGGAGCCGAUUGGGGAGAUUAUGUCUCCUUCGUCAAACAUAUGCGCAAAAGGGCGAAUGAGUUGAAUGUUGAUUUGUUGCUGAUUGAUACCGGUGACUUGCAUGAUGGCAAUGGAUUGGGCGACACUACAAAACCCAAUGGCAUAUAUACAAACGAAGUAUUUAGCACGAUCGAUUACGAUUUGCUGACUGUUGGGAACCAUGAGCUCUAUGUCACUGAAGUGGCUUAUGAGACCUUUGCAAAUUUCUCAAAGUUUUACGGGAAGAGGUACCUAACCAGCAACGUUCAAAUCCUCAACGAUGCCACGGGAGAAUUCGAAGAUAUGGGAAAUAAGUUCCGCCACUUCACCACUGACCACGGACUCUAUAUCAUGUCCUUUGGCGUUCUGUUCGACUUCAAAGGGAAUUCGAACGUGUCCAAGAUUACCAAAGCCAAAGACAUGAUCAAGGAACAGUGGUUUAUCGACGCUGUCAAGCUUGAACCCAUUGAUUUAUUUGUGGUAAUUGGACAUAAUCCUGUUAGAUCAACUGAACCCAGCAGUACGUUAUCAGAAGUCCAAAAGGCCAUUCGAGAUCUGCGACCAGAAGUACCAAUACAGAUAUUCGGAGGUCAUGCACAUGUUCGGGACUUUGUUGUCUGGGAUAUGAAAUCAACUGGUCUUGCAUCGGGCAAAUAUUGUGAAACCGUCGGGUGGCUCUCCAUGUCUGGAAUCAAAUCAUCAACUUUUAAGGGGAGUGAGAAACCGCGUGGCGUUCCCAACCCCUCUAGGAAGGCUAUUGCAAACGAAACGGCAUCCACUAGGACGCCUCAAUCAUGUGACAAAGCAAGAGAUAAGGACAUAAUGUAUUCUCGUAGGUAUCUGGAUUGGAAUCGCCUCACAUUUGCAUUCCAUGCCGUUGGGUCACAAGAUCCCAAGCUUGAUUCUAAGCUUGGGAAAUGGGUGACAGGGGAUAUCACGGAAUUCCGCAAGGCUCAAAACCUAUCAGUUGUUAUUGCAUGUGUUCCUCAAACAUACUGCGUGACUUGCAAGCCAUUUGGAGAUGAUGGAAAUAUCUUCACCCUGGCUAAGAAAGCUUUAGCUGCAACUGUCAUCAACCAAUCGCGGGCGAAUAUACCACGCUUGAUUCUUAUGAACACGGGCAACAUCCGAUAUGAUCUCGUCAAGGGCCCGUUUACAUUGGAUGACUCGUAUACAGUCAGCCCGUACCAAAACACAUUCCAGUUCAUCGCAGACGUGCCCUAUUUGCAGGCGAAGGAGAUACUAGGUAUCUUGAAUGCUGGGCCAUACCAGAGGAGGAGCAGUCUAAGUGUAGACACCUUCUCCAAUUCAAUCCUUGUAGGGAAGAGCGGUUCCUGCGAGGAUCCCCCAUUAAUAACAUCGAUGCAAGGGAAGCGAGACCUUCUUAAACCACGGUCCAUCACUCGCCAUCCACGGGACUCCACAACAAACAACCCUGGCUAUACCACGACUGAUGACUUCGGAACAGACGGUGAUGACACGCCUCACUCGAAGAUCCCGCACUUCAAGCAACCCAUUGAUGUUCAGGCAAAGGCGGCGUUCCCUUCUAAUAGAAGUGACCCGGAGAAAGUUGAUUUAAUAUUUGUGGACUUCAUUGCGGAGCGCUUUGUGCUGCCUGCAUUGGCUAAGGUGGGUGGUAAUUAUACGAUGGUUGACGUGCAGUAUUAUAUGCCGAAGGAGUUCACCACCAAUACGUAUUUGCGGAAGUAUGCAGAGAUGGAAUGGCAAACGGGGAUGCCUAAUUGUCCUGUUGGCGGCGAGUAA